UAACGUGCUGCGUUACCAGUGCCGGUGGAACUGCAGCGUUACUAUUAAUCUGUAUUGCAGACUCGGAUCUGUACGUCAACGGAUGUAGCUUCGCACUGCAGCCGGCAUUGCUUCGCACAGCCCGUAUAUUCAACUCAAAUUGUCUGACCUCUGUCAGCGUCCACAUAAAAAAAUACACAAUAUUUGGUCCCUGACCCAAAAACAAUGACAGAAGGGAACAGCCUGCCAGAAGGAGAUGCAGCCGGUACGAAUGAGGUGCCCGCCGACGCACCCGCACAGGAGAAGCGUCCGCAGGAGGACGAGCAGAAGGAGAACGGGAACAGCAAAGUGGACAUGCCGAUGAAAACCGCAACUCCCGGAGGGGACGAGGUCGAAUUUGUGCACCCGGAGGGCGGCUGGGGGUGGGUGGUCAUGCUGGCAGCGAUGUGGUGCAACGGCUCGGUUUUCGGGAUCCAGAACGCCUUCGGGCUAAUGUUCCUCUCCCUCCUCCGGGAGUUUGGCUCCGAGAAUGAUGCUGACCUCCGCUUCAGGACAGCAUGGGUGGGUUCCCUGUCCAUGGGGAUGAUCUUCUUCUGUUCUCCCAUCGUCAGUGUCUUCACCGACAUCUUCGGCUGCAGAAUUACCGCAGUUAGUGGGGCUACUGUUGGCCUGAUCGGCCUAAUGGCCAGCUCCUUUGUUACAUCCUUGGGUCCCAUGUACUUCACCUAUGGCAUUGUGUUCGCCUGUGGCUGCUCUUUUGCCUACCAGCCCAGCCUGGUCAUCUUGGGCCACUACUUCAAGAAGCGACUGGGUCUGGUGAAUGGCAUCGUAACGGCCGGCAGUAGCUUCUUUACCAUCACGCUGCCCUUUGUGCUGUCAGGCAUGCUGGAAAAACUGGGCCUCCACAACACUAUGCGUGUCCUCUGCAUCCUCAUGUCUGGGCUGAUACUGGCUGGCUUCACCUAUAAGCCCCUGCUGCCUGUCAAACCCACCAGUUCCCAAACAGGCAGGUCACGCAUGCGUCAGAUCUUCAACGUCAAUAUCUGGAAGUCUUGGGGAUAUCGCAUUUGGGCAUUUGGCAUCCCUGCAGCCCUUUAUGGUUACUUUGUGCCUUAUGUUCACCUGAUGAAGCAUGUGGAGGAGCGCUUCGGCACUGACAGCAAUAAAGAGAUUCUGCUCAUGUGCAUUGGCAUCACGUCUGGCGUGGGUCGACUUAUCUUUGGCAGAGUGGCAGACUACGUUGACGGCGUCAACAAAGUCUACCUGCAGGUGGCUUCCUUCUUCGUCAUUGGCCUUAUGUCCAUGAUGAUCCCAUUGUGCCACGUGUUUGGUGGAUUGAUCGCUGUGUGCCUGCUGAUGGGUCUGUUUGAUGGCUGCUUCAUCUGCAUCAUGGCCCCCAUCGCCUUCGAGCUGGUUGGAUCUGAAGACGUGUCUCAGGCCAUCGGCUUCCUGCUGGGACUGAUGUCCGUCCCCAUGACUGUGGGGCCCCCAAUUGCAGGUUUCCUGAGGGAUAAAAUGGGCAACUACGACAUGGCCUUCUACCUGGCAGGUGUCCCACCUAUCAUUGGAGGUGCCUUGCUAUGUAUGAUACCAUGGGCUGUGGCCAAGCAGAAACGGUUGAAGGAGGCGCAGAGCAAGGAGCCGGGCGUCACUGAGAAGAUGAUAGAGCACGAGAAGCCUCAGGGAGAUGCACAACACAAAACCGGAGAAUCUGUCCUCUAAGUGAACCCCCCACCCCCGCCCCACCACCACCCCCACCCACCCCCGCACAGACUGAAAGAAAGACACAAGGGGUCAGACUGUGGCAGCUGCUGACCGGCAGUAUUAAGAUACUGUAUGCGUGUGCGUGCGUGUGUGUGUGUGUGUGUGUGUGUGUGUGUGUGUGUGCAUGAGCAUUUGUGUUUAGCCGUGAUUGUAAUGACUGCCUUCAGCAGGAGAAAAUGCCAAAGCGAUGAAACAUAUCAGUCAGAUGACGAAGUAGAGCAUGAAUGUAAUCCUGAAGAACUAUGCAUUAGACUGAAGCAGACAAACUUGACAUUUCAAAUGAAAAUAGGGAAAAACUGCACAUUUUGCUUUUUCACAACGGGAACAAGAUACAUUGUGCUUGUAGCCUGAAGGCUUCAGUCUUUAGGCAAUGCCUACCAAAACCCACACAGUCAGAUGGCAUUCUUAGAGGCUUUAACAUUACUAUUCACAAUCACAUUUCAACAUUACCCUUUUAGUUUUAGAUGCAGAAAUGUGUUACAUGUAAUUUGUUUUAGACUUGUCAACCCGAAGCUUUCCUUUUGUAAUCUUGAACGUCUGGGCUCUGAUCUGUAAAAGUCUUCUGACACUUUACGGGAGCUUGCAGAUGACAUCUUGAACAUCAGAAAUGCUGACAAAAUAUCUCAUGACAAGCAGCUCUGUCCCAGAGGCUGGAUCCAGCCUUGAAUUGCCCUUGUGGCUGGUUUACCAAGCGGUCAAAGGUAGGCCAAGACUCCAAGUUUGCUAAGUUGCAGUUAGCAUGUAUCAAUUCAUUGUAGAUUUGUGUGUGCUGCUGGAAUACAACAUCAGCUGAAACGAUAAAAGGGAACAUGUGCAAGGUUAUCACUCUGGAGAUCCCACUUGAGUGGAUUUUCUGUAGGUUCCCAGAAUGCAUAUUAGCCACAGGAGCCCGUCAUGGCUUAGUCUAGUACUGUGACUGAUUCAUGCAAAUAGGCUGCUUGUAAUCAAACUGAAAAACCUCUUCAGUGUUUUACAAUCAUAUCUUUAAAGGAAUAGUUAGAAAUGAAAAAUAUGUGCAUUAGUUGUCUUACAUCAGUUCAUUAAACAUAUGGUAACUAGUCAGCUGAGACUGGAAACAGAGAGAAGCUGCUAGCCUGGUAGCAAACCUCUAAAGCUCAGUUCUUAUCACACUGAUUCUCUUUACUUUCUUCUUUAUGUGUAAAAAUGUGUAGCAACAACAAUUUGUUUCAGGAAUUUAGUUUGUGUUUGCCAAAUGUCAGUGUCCUUAAACCACAAGUAAAUCCACUUUCACCCUUAAGGACAUAACAUUGAUUCAUAAGAAGUAGACUGAUGUUGCAUUUGUAUUAACUGAUUAUAAUACUGAGCAGUAUUUCUUUCUUCUUCCUCCACUUUGUAGAGUUGUUUUUAGAUGUGCUUCUUUUUCUCUCUUAUUUGGUCUGGACAUAUUGAGCACACACUGUCAAAGUGCAGUAUAUGUUUAAAAUGUCCUGUCUCAUUUAAGUAAAAAAAAAAAAAUCUACUACACUAUCUAGUAUAUAAAUCAACUGACGAAGUCCGGAUCAUAUAAAAAGUUGUCCUCAUGUCAACAACAGAUCAUUGCUGGGAUGCAGGGAUGAAUGAAAUGGACCAAAUAGAUAAAUGAAAUAUGUGCCUGUGCAUACAGUGUGUAGUUCCUUACCACUGUAUGAAAGUAUUAUUAUACAUAUAUGACAGUAUCUCAUCAGAAGUCCUCCUAUUUCAAAUGAGACUGUGGGCGUGAGUUAGACUAUUAGUUGACUCUGAGACAGGUAAAAUCCAGCUGAUCAGUAACAGUUGAUUAACCUUCGUACAAAGGGGUUCGUUUUACAUUUUCAUAUUGUAUUUAUUCUUGUGGAAAAUGUCAUGUAAUUGACUGGCAUUUUCCCUAAAGGCUUAAUUUGAUUACCUGAAGAGCAACAUGUAGUGAAAUGAAAAAUGUCUGGAAGAGUGUCAGUCUUGUUUGCUUGCCAUCACGUUUCCCCAAAGCUAACAGGUUGUGUCGGUGAAACAUCUGAGCAUGUUACUCAUCGGUCUAACUGCAGACGGUGAUGAAUUGCUUUUUGGAAAACUCAGAGACCUUUUGGAAAGCCGUAGAAUUGCUGUGGGUAAAUGCGUUUUUCCUCUGCAGACCUGUGACACUCUCUACCUCAGAUGAUAGUUGUACUGUGCCCCCUGCCAUCCUCGUCCCAUCGUUAGAGGCAGCCCAGCAGUUUGAAUUGUGUGGCUGAAUGAACGCAAAUAAACUGAAAAGUCUUAGGUUAGUCCCAGCUUUUAUGAAGCAUUUGGUGCUCAGAAGCAUAACUGCGAGUGAAACUUCACAGUGUUUAAGUCUUUUCUUCUCUCUGAAUAGAUACUUCGGUUAUGAUAAAAGCACACAGCUCUAUGCAGCCUUUGUUUUUGUGCCAUAAUAGUGCUAUUCACCAGUGAGACCCUCAAACGACUGCUUAAUUGUGACAUCUGGAUUGUGAUUGAUAUCUUUGCCAUAACCACAUUUUAAUGUUUUAUUACAAUUAUUCACUAUAUUUUCUGUCAGCUGAAUGCCUGUCAGCUGAGUAGUUCUUGAAAUGGUCAGCAUCAUCCAAAGAAACAUAUCAGAAAAAAAUAUCGCAAAUUUUCUUAUUAUUCUGAUCUGAUCUCUGAUCAUUUUAGACCAAAUCUUUGGUAAAAAACUGCUUUAAGUUUACACAGAGUAUUUUAUUCUGUCUUUAUAGUGUCUACAGAGGCUUUCUGUGGCAAAGAGAAGUUUGGAAUGCUUAUCUAUCCCAAUGUUUAUAGAGCUGUAUUCUUUAUUUGCUGGUAUUAUUUUGGCAUCCCAUCCAACCACUUGCUUUUUUGAGAAUAUCUGUUGGGAUGGAUUAAUGGAUGAAUCUUUGCUACGUUCAGUAUUUUCAGAUUUUUUAUCUUAAUUUCCGUUUCCUUAAUUCUCAGUGUUGAUGUAUAUUGCUUUCUUUGUGUUGCAUGUGACUGAAAAUGUGUUUAUGAGUAACCCAAAAAGUGUUCUACUUAAAAAUGAGUUUUCCUAUAUUUUUCUCUUAGUUGCAGAAUGUGCGGGGAACUACAGUAUAUGCAAUGUAUGUAAACACAAUCAAAUUUCAUCAAUUUCAAGACAGUAAAAGAAAAUAUGUAAAAGCA